AUGGCAUUGAAUGCGGACGAUGAUAUUUUACCACAGUAUCCCCUUAAUUCUGAAAAGAAAACCCACCUUUGUGACAUAUGUAAUAAAAUAUUCACUAGUAACUGGAAUUUAACCCAACACAAAACUAUUCACACAGGAGAAAGGCCAUAUUCAUGUAGUGUAUGCGAUAAAACAUUUUCACGUAAAUCAGGUUUAAAACAGCACAGUCAUGUUCACGAAGAAAAAGAUUUCAAUGACGAAAAUAAUUUAACUUUAGAUUCACUUAUUGCGACUGAAAAGAAAACUUACUCAUGUCAUGUGUGUAAUAAAAUAUUUACCGCUAAAAAGUACCUAAAUAGACACUAUCUUAUUCAUACGGGAGAGAAACCCUAUUCUUGCGACAGGUGCGAUAAAACAUUUGCUUUUAAAUGUAGGCUAGACGAUCACUAUCGUGUUCAUACGGGGGAGAGACCGUAUACAUGCAGUGUUUGUAAAAAAACUUUUAAACAUCAGAGUACAUUAACUGAACACAGCCGUCUUCAUACCGGAAUAAAAAAGUAUAUGUGCGCUUUGUGUGACAAAUCAUUUGUACGAAAACAUGAAUUAGUAACACACAACCUUCGCCAUACUGGAAAGAAGCCUCACGCAUGCACUAUGUGUGAUAAAUCAUUUUUGUGGAAGAAUCACUUAAAAGUGCAUUACCGCACUCAUACUAAAGAAAAACCUUAUUCAUGCAGCGUGUGUAAUAAAGCUUUCCGGUAUAAAAGUUGCUUAACGCAGCAUAAUAAAGUUUGUCCCCUCGAGAAACGAAAACCUUAUCCGUGCAAUAUGUGUGACAAAUCGUAUAGCCACUUUAAAAGUUUAAAAAAACAUUAUGUUAUUCAUAAUUCUCCAUUUGAGAAUUGCAUAACACAACAAAGAAAUGUUCAUAUACCUAAGAAAAAGGAAAUACACGCAUGCAGUGUGUGUGGAAAAAAAUAUAGGCAUCUCAAAAGUUUAGAAAAGCAUGACACUAUACAUAAUUCUAUAUUAAAACAACCACUGGUAAAAAGUGAAUCUGAAAAAUGCUCUUUUUAUUAUUAA